UUCGCAUAUAUAAAGGCUGGUAACACGCUUUUGAAAUCAUCAGAAGACACCAUCGUACCGUACAUCAUGUUUGCUAACAUCCUGAGCGCCAUUUGCUUGACUGCCGUGGUACUGCAGCACGCCGUUGCAAAACCAGCUGAGCUGCUUCAGCAACCAUACCCUGAAAAAUAUGGCGGACAAAGUGCAUCAGAAAACAUAAGGUAUGAUGGGCAAGGUCACGAAAUACCAAAGCACUAUGAGCCAAAAUACGUGGGAUAUAAUAAAUCAGAGUAUUUAGGAUACGACAGAGCAAAAUACGAAGGAUACGAUAAAUCAGGACACUAUGAACCACAACAUGCAGUACACAAUACACUAGGAUACAGAGGAUACAACAAGGCAGGAUACGAAGGAUACGACAGACCAGUCUACUAUGAACCAAAAUACGAAGCGCACAAUAAAUCAGCAUAUGAGGACACGAAGAAAUACGAUAAGGAUAUCAUAUAUAAGGGUAGCUCUAUAACAAAACAUGAAGAAAGUAAGCUGUACUAAGGAUACAACAUGCCCACACAGUUACGAAACUCGCACCUCUUAUGGACACUGGGCAUAUCAACGUAGAAGACAUUAACAUUAAUAUCCUGAAAAAUUAAUGUACUUUUAUUCAUUAAAAAGCAGUAAGAAAUAAAAUAAGCACACGAUA